UGGCCCUAACCCUCUUCCGUGGAUCUCUUUUUCUGGGUUUUGCAUUUUCACAUCGAACACAAUUCCGGUUGAUUACGCCGAGGAUCACUAUGAAGGACUCCAGUUCCCAGCAGGCAGUGCGGCUCCACACGUGUGUAUGGUAGCAGGCUAACAGCGGGAGCAUCAUGUCUGUGUUUAUGGAUCUGAAUCUGGUCCACAGUCCGGACCAGAGCCGUCUGCAGAGGCUGGUGGAGACUGCAGCUCACCUGGGUUUCUCCACCGUCGCCAUCAACUAUGUGUUUGAACCGACAGCCAAGAAGAAACAGAUUCCCUCCCCAAUGCCGAUCAAAGAUCUGAUCCCAGAGCUGCCCAUCGUACAGGGUCGCUCUCGUCCAAUCAGAGUGCUGAACAGACUGACUGUGGUGAUGUCAGACUCCAGUCACUUUAGGCCGACGGCUGCAGAGUACCGGGGUUUCGACCUGCUGGCCGUGCAGCCAACCACAGAGAAGCUGUUCCACGCAGCCUGUAUGAUCUGUGACGUGGACAUCAUCUGUAUCUCAGUGACGGAGAAGCUCCCCUUCUUCUUCAAGAGAGCGCCGGUCAACGGGGCCAUAGAGCGAGGUGUUGCGUUCGAGGUCUCUUAUGCUGCAGCCAUCAGAGACUCCACCAGGCGGCGCUACACCAUCGCCAACGCCACCGCCCUGAUGGAGAGCUGCAGAGGGAAGAACGUGAUCCUGAGCAGUGCCGCCGAGACGCCUCUGGAGCUCCGGGGGCCCUAUGACAUCACCAACCUAGGUGUGUUGUUCGGUCUGUCGGACGGAGACUCUAAAGAAGCCGUUUCCUCCACCUGCAGAUCAGUGGUGCUGCACGCAGAAACCAGGAAGACGGCAAGCGGCAUCAUCUACACGGUGCAGGUUCCGGAGGCCCCGCCCUGUAGAGCACCUGAGGACACAGGUGAAGCUCCGGCAGCCAAGAGAGCCAAGCCUGGUGCAGUGAUUGACAGCUGAGGGGCGGGACUAACUCUGAUUUAUUGUUUAAUGCUUGUUGAAAUCCCAUAAUAAUCAUUUAUGAUGUCUUUACUUUGAGUGUUUCUAAAUAAAGUUUUUAUUUCCUUA